AUGGCUUUUGUUCACUGCGGGUCUGAAGAGUGCGCCAAAUCCGAACUAGACUUGUUUCAAAUAGCCCCUACGCAGACCAGCAUCGAAAAAAGCAUUUACAUUGAGGUGCCACCUCUAUCGGCCGUUACGGAGUCUGCCCCCAUUGACUUUUUUAUAGCAGGGAAUGGCAUAGAUUAUAUGGAUUUAAACAACACGCUGCUUUACCUGUGUUGCAAGAUUGUAAAAGGAGACGGAACUGAACUUGCCGCGGACGCCGAAGUGGGCCUGGUGAAUUACCCUGUGGCCUCUAUUUUCAGCCAGUUGGAUGUUACUCUGGGAGACCGCCUUGUAAGCCAAAGCAACAAUUGUUAUCCUUACAGGGCCUUUAUAGAAUCAGUGCUCAAUUACAGCGAUGACACCCUCGCCACGCAAUUUUCUGCCGGUCUGUUUUACAAAGACACUGCUGGACAACAUGAAAAAACAGAGUUGGAUGGAAGGAAUCUAGGGUUUGUGAGGCGUGCAAAGCUGACGGCCGAAAGCAGAACGGUAGAGCUGCUGGGCCAUCUACACAGUGACCUGUUUUUUCAAGAAAAACUUUUGUUAAACGGAGUGGAUGUGAAAAUUAAACUGACGCGCAGUAAAGACGCUUUCUGUUUAAUGGGCAGCGCGGCUGAAGGCUUUAAACUGCGCAUUGUAUCAGCGUCCCUUUUUGUGAAGAAAGUACGGGUGGCCCCGGGUGUCCGUCUGGGGCACGCGGAGGCCCUGCUUGCCUCUAAUGCUAAAUACCCCGUGGACCGUGUGGGAAUGAAAGUGUUUAGCAUCCCUGCGGGCAGCAGGGUACCGACCAAGCCUCUGCAACCGGACUUCGAGGCAGGACGCUGCGUGAGAGAAUACAUGAAUCUGGUACAGACAGCUGGUAAACACAUGAAAGAUCGUUCUUUGUUAAUUGACCGGGAGGAGUUUGCACAGGGUUACACCUUGUUUGCCUUUGACCUGUCUCCCGACCAGGAAUGUGCAGAUCAUUAUUCCCUAAUUAAAACUGGGAACCUGAGAGCAGAAAUACGUUUUGGAAAGGCUUUGACAGUCACCGUUAAUAUGAUCGUGUAUGGGGUUUUUGACAAUGUCAUAGAGAUAAAUCAGAGAAGAAACGUUCUGUUUGACUACAUGUGA